AUGGAGUAUGAUAAAAUGGUGUUGAUGAAUCAUUCUUUGGCUGCCAUGAAUGAGCUGCUAAAGUUGGCCAUGAUUGAUGAAACUCUCUGGGUCAAAAGCUUGGAUGGAAGUGUAGAGACAUUAAAUGUUGAGGAAUAUGCGCCAUUAUUCACCCAGUUUAAUUGCAUGAAAUUUAGAGAUUUCAGAACGGAAGCCACAAGAGUAUCUUGUACCAUGAUUAAUAAUAGUCCGACUUUAAUGGAGAUAUUGAUGAAUAAGAAUCUAUGGGUGAAGAUGUUCCCAUGCAUUAUUGGAAAAACAUCUACUGUUGAUGUGAUUUCAAAUGGUAUAGGUGGAAGCAAGAGUGGUAUUCUACAAUGGAUUAACACUGAAAUACAAAUGAUUUCUAAUUUGGUUUCUGUUCGAGAAAUAACAUUUUUGCGCUACUGUCACCAAUACGCGGAAGGUAUUUGGGUUAUAGUGGAUGUGUCCGUUGACUUAAUAAAAAAGGGUGCAAAACAAUGUGAAAUUAGGAAUUGUCAGAGGUUUCCUUCUGGCUGUGUUGUGCAAGAUCUGCUUAAUGGUUACUCAAAGGUAACUUGGAUCGAGCACAUGAAGUAUAAUGAAAAUGUUGUCCACCAUCUGUAUCGCCCUAUGGUCAGGUCUGGUCUUGGUUUUGGCGCACAAAGGUGGAUGGCUACUUUGCAAAGAAUUUUGGAUUCUGAUGAGGUUUUAUUUGUGGCAGUUGGUUUAAAUGGUGAGAAAAAUGUAGGAAAGUUGGCGCAACGCAUGACUCACAACUUCUGCGCAGGGGUUUGUGGAACAACUCACCAAUGGCAAAUAGUUCAAUUAGCAAAGGGUAAAGAUGUUAAAUUGAUGAAGAGAAAUAAUAUCAGUGACCUCGGUGAACCUAAUGGUAUAGUGUUGAGUGCCACAAAGACCAUCUGGUUGCCCGUGAAACAUCAACGCUUGUUUGAAUUCCUUAUAAAUGAACGAACGAGGAGUCAAUGGGAUGUCUUCUCCAAUAUUGGUGAUUUCAUGAAACUAGUGGUCUACAUUCCCAAGGAUCACAACAUUGAUAAUAACAUCUCUGUUUUUCAAGCUAAUGCGCAUGGCACCAGUACUAAUCAAAAUAACAUGAUGAUCUUGCAAGAUACUUUCACGGACGCAACAGGAUCCCUUGUAGUAUAUGCAAGAAUGGAUUCACUAGCAAUGAAUAUGGUGAAGAAAAUAGGGGACCCUUCUAGUGUGGCUCUCUUUCCAUGUGGAAUUGCAAUUGUGCCCGAUUCUUUUCAAGAUAGUAAUGAUAAUGGAUUCUGUGGUGGAUCGCUUGUGACUAUUGGGUUGCAAAUGUUGGUGAAACCCUUCCAAAAUAAAACGCACACUAUAGAGUCAGCCAAAAAUGCAAAUGGAAUCAUCAAAGGGGUUGACAAUGAAAUAGUAGAUGAUGAUAUGUUUCAAGCACAACACGACUUUGAAGAUCACAUGUCUGCUGCAAAUGGAUUUGACGAAUUGUACGUUAUCUGUUUCCCCUUAAGCAUGAUACUGCAGUCUGCAGUUAUAUCUUUCUGCAGUAAUAUGACAAUCACGAGAUAA